ACGGUCGCUCGUUUUUUCAGGUUGGCAUGGAUUUCAUGCGAUAAACAAACCUUCUGGGGUGAAUUUAGUCUUUCGGCAACUGCUUUGGCCUUUCCAUAAUUAAUUCGCAUUUGUUUUACGUUUUAAAUGCCUCCUAAAAAAAUGUCUGUUUAAGUCGUGAUGGUUGUAAAUGCCUGCAACACUGAAGCUAGCUAACAUUAAUUAGCACGGCUAACGGUGUUGCUACGUGCGUUUGGGAAAUGCAUAUUUGAAGACAAUGAAGAGAAAGGUGGCCAAAUUAAGACUGAGCCCCAACGAAGAGGCUCGGAUAAUACGAGAAGAACAUGAAAGGAGGAGAAAACUGCGAAUACAGCAGGUGCGGGAACAGCAGCGGUAUAUCGCGCUGCAGAUCCGCCGAGAGGUCGAGCAGAGACGGCAGCGUGAGCUGGAGCAGCUGGAGGAGGAGCUGAGGGAGGACUGGGAGCGACAGCAGAGGGAGAAACUCCACACACUGCAGACGUUAUACCAGGAGAGCCUCCAGCUUCUCGGUCAGGGACACAGGAGUGCAAAAGAAAACGAACCCGACUUGGCAGCCAUAGCUGAGAGGGAGGAGGAAAAUCACACCAAAGCAGAGGAGCGUUAUCGAGAAGCCCUGAAGGAGCUCAAAUCACAGAGGCUUAAAGUCCAUGAGAGGAACAGCCAAUCCAUCAAUGCCAGGAAGAAGGCACUACAGGCAGAAAAGGAAAGAUCAGCAAAAGUAGCCAGCCUUCCACCGCCGCCUCCAAACCCCAUUCAGAAUAUCGAUUUCAAGAGGCCACAUGUAGUAAAGAAAUCUGAUGUGAGCGCCUUCGCUGCCACAUAUUACCACAUGUCCGGGACCACAGUGGACAGAGAGGUAGACACCAAGCAGCCUAAUGCCCAUGAGGGAGCUGAGCUGGAGGCGAGGAGACUGCAGGACUUACAGAGAGAGGAAAAGAGGAGGAGAGAGGAGCAGCUUGAGAAGGCUCGACUCAGAGGGAAGGAGGCUCUGAGGAGGGAACAUCUCGUGCAGGAUCGUGAGCGCUUGCUUGUUGAACUAGAGCACAUGCAGCAGACAGACCUGCUGAGGAGGAGACAGCAGGUGUCCCACAUGCCUCCUCAGAUCUUCCAGCCUCUCUAUAAGAGACAGGAGAUGAGGGAGGACUUCCAGAGGGAGAUGGAGUUUGCCUUUGAGGACAUGUAUACCGGAGAGAGGAGGGUUAAAGGUGACCUGGUGAUCCAGCUGGUACCUGAGCCUCUGCCAGCUCUGUCCACAGGCAGCCAAGAGCUGGACGUCACACUGGAUGAAAUUGCCACAUCUGGAACAGAAAACACACAACAUGACACUAAGCAGGAAACAUCUGCCCAAGUGGAGCCUUCCAAACCUGCUCCUAGACGGGCGUUGAAGAAACUCCUGGAUCGUAUCAGGAGCCAGAGGAACCAGUGGACCGACCAGAACAGUCAUGAGCCUGCGGGCGAUUCACCGGCCACCAUCACCGAUCAAAUCCCAGAGCGGGACACAACCAUCGAUACAGGCUCUCUGACCAGCGAGGAGAAAGACAAACUGCCCCCCAUCGAGCUCCCUGAGUCUGUCCACUUACCGCCAGCAUUGGAGACAACAGAGCAGUCAACUGCAGCAGAUACUCUACUUCCUGAUGUACUUGCUAACAGAAUUCAUGAAUUUGAAGAAGAACGAAGGAAAAGGGAAGAGGAGCUCGAGAGGGAGAAGCAGCAGCAGGUGGUUUUGCUCCAGGAGCUGGAAGAGCAGAAGGCCAAAUUGGAGCAGAUGCUGAUUGAGGCCCAGCAGGAGAGAGAACAUCUGAAGGCUGCUGUGACCCAGGAAGAACCUAUUAACCAAACAGAAGUACCUGUCCAUGACCAGGAAGUCACCCCUGGUCUAGCCACUGAGCUGGUGCAUCCCGCAGGUGAAGAUGACCACACCAGAAGGAUUAGAGAAUACCAACAGCGGCUGCUGGAACAAAACAGAAUUCACCAAAGGUCAGUGGAAGUGGCUCGCCAGCGCCUAGAGGAAUACCAGCGAGCUCUACAAAUUCGUUACAACAUGACCGCCACAUCAUUGCUGCCCGCUGUCGUACCUCCAGGCCUCAUUCACCCAGCACUGCACAGUGCUCAGUCUGUGCAUCUUCCAACUCCUCUGCAACCCCAUACAACUCGUCCAGUGCCUGCAUACAUCCAUGCCAAACCACAAACCUCUGUGGAAAUUCCCACAAGAGAGUUUGACAUGUUUGCUUCACCUCCCCGUCUUGUUUGCUCCGGUUUGAGGGUUGACUCCAAGUUGCUGCCAGAUGAAGUAGAAUCUAUUUCGAACAGUUCCAGGAACCAGAGACCCUCUGCCACUGCCUGGCUGACUGAUAAAAUAAUGGAGAGAGUAACAGAGCACCUUCCAGAGAGAGCGAGACCCUCCUCGGUCACCACAGAGCCACUGCCUUACAAACUGUUCACAACACAUCACUCAACCAGCAUCCCAGUCCAGCCAACCUCUGAUCCUACCCAAGCCAUUAGCCAGAGCCUCACACAUGAUGCACCUCUGGUUCCAGGCCAUGCAGCAGUUAAGCCUGGAUCUUGGCCGAACGGCUCCCUGCAGACUGGCUCCCUGAGCUCCAGAGAGGAUGACAUGGAGAGGCAGAGACAAGAGCUGCAGGAGGUUCAGAGACGGGUGCUGGAGCAGAGGGAGGCAGUAGUGCUGCAGCAGAGGCAGCAAGAAGAGAGACAGAGACAGGAAGUGGAGAUGGAGCAGAUGAGGAGGCAAAAGGAGACGUUGCAGGCUCUGAUUCAUACUGAUGCACAACCAGUUCCAGAGGCUGCCAGUGAAGUGUUGGUUUCAGAGAACAUCAAUCAAACCCGCCUCAAAUUACUUGCAUCCCUGCUGAAAGCUAUAGAGGAGACUAACGGAGGAACUUUAUCACACCUAGAAGACCGGGAGAAAGAUGGCUCCUCUCAACAACCGCCAUCUAACAGCGGUGAGACGGUUCCCAUCUCUCAGAGCAAUGUUCCUGCUGGACCUGCCCCAGCGUCAGUCCUCCCCUCAGAACUCCUCCCUCCUCCUCGAGCGGCAAAGCCCCCGGUGACCCGCGUCAGGCCGGGCAUCAUGGAGAUGAUGACUGAACAACAUGAGCUCAGUGCUAUUCAAGAGGUUGAGACUCCAGUCAACACCAGCCAAGUCACAGGCCCGGAGGAUAGUGCGACGCCUCCUUCACACAUUGUGGACUCGGAUCCGCAGGAAGAAUCAGAAUCGUCUGUGGCCUCUGACUGGACUCUGCAGACACCCCCUUGGUCCAGCAGUGGGCAGCGGACUGCUGGAAGACCAACUGACUCUGGAGCGAGCUCAACGAGAUCCAGCCAUCUCAUCUGGAGAGAGAGGCUGCUGCUGAUGGGGGCAGGAACAUCUCCAGAAUCCUCAGAGUCUGAUUCAGUCCUGAGAAUAAUCUCUCCGCUUUCCUCCGACUCUGGGAGAGGAGCCGACUACUCUGGUCCUGCAAUCACAAGCUACAAACCCUUUACAGAGUCUGCACAUAGGCCUCCUGAUUCUGACUGCCUCUCCUCCACCACCAUCUCCACCGGCAGCUACAUCACCACCGAUCCUGAGCAAAACUUCAACACUGAUAAAUCCCCGUCCCUCAGACAUUGUGUAGAACCACGACGAGGAGCAGAUUUACUCGAUGUCUCCUCUCCGUCUGGUCAAAGCUUCUCUAUUAAUGACGGCUCGCCUGCAGGCUGUCGUGGUCUGGCUGUAGACUCUGUGUUUAAUGACAGCAGCAUCCAGCGCAUUAUAGACAGAUACACAAGGGAACUUAACAUCUCCCUCAGCACCACAGGGAAAACCACAGACAGCGAAGGCUCAUAUGUGGAGGAACCUGGCUCUUCAGUUUCUCAGCAGUCUUUGGUUCGAGUCUCAGAGAGGAGAGAGGAGGAUGAAGGCUCUACAGGUCGUCAGUCUCUUCCCUCAGACAGAGCAGGGGCACAGAGGAGUGGCCUGGAAUGGGACAAUGCAGUCAAUCCAAUCCAGGAGCACUUCUCAGGCGAGGACCCGUCACUGGCUGAGGACCAAGAGCAGGACUCUUUCAGACCUCUGAUUGGCCAGCUGACAGACCAGUCAUCCUGUCUCACUGCUGACCAUAGGGACUCGGCCAUGGGGCAACUGGUUGGUCAACCAUCGGCUCACUCGUCCAUGAUUGGUCAUCUACCAGGUCCGCCGGUUUCAGUGCGCUUGGAUCAAGGUGGAUGGGACUCCACUCUGAGUCAGAUGAUUGGUCGACUCUCCCAUCAGUCCAGCUCUCAUUGGCUGAGUGGUGGGCAGGACUUUUAUGCAGGUCAGCUGAUGAGUCAGAUGGCGUCGGAGCAUUUGACCACAUGGUUGGAUGAAGGUCUGGAUGAGAGCCGGAUGAGACCGCUGGUUGGGGAACUGGACGAGUCUGCUGGCCAGCACAGUGGAAGCUCGGGUGAAAGAACUCAUGUGGAUCUUGGCGUCUCAACUGAGGCCAGUAUGCCGUCAUACCCAGUGUUGCCUCCUGAAGCCUCGUCACACAGUGCCUCUGUCCCGGGUGGGAAUCCACAUCCACAGGACCAGACGCUGCAGAACCAAACCAGUCCAAUGGACCUGGGCCCAGAGAGGACUGAAGUGUUUCCAGGCUCAGACUCAUUCCACCCGCUACUGGCUGAGGUCACCCACAACGAAACAGCAGACCCCUCCAUGACCUUUCACCUGCCAGAACACGAUGUGCCUCACUCACCUGAAGGACAGCCAGCCAGCAGGGAACGCAGUGUUUCCACACCUGAAGAGUUAGAAACCCAUGAUGAUCCUUCUGUUGAGUCUGAACCGUCUCCUGAGCGCCUUAGAACAGAGGAGCCGUCCAGCUGCAUGACUGCUUCCCCCACCUUACAUGAAUCUUUUUCCCAGCUCAUCACCUCCCAGCACCAUCCCCAAGAAUCUGUCCUCAUGGUGUCUCCUACCACGAGGACAGAUGUGGAACUAACAGCUCUGUGUCUGUCAACUUUAACCAUGUGUGAUGAUGCACCUACUGUGGACAUGCCGCAGCCAGAGGGAGCGGAAGCAGACGGAAGCUGCAUUUCUAAAAGGCACGGAGAUUCAGUCCCAUUCAACGACCUCUGUGCUGGAGAACUGAAGUCCGAGCAGGGUUCAAACCUGAGGAAUGCUAUUCCUGUCUCAAAGAAGAUAUUGGAGGCUGCCAGUGAGAAGGGGAUCCUGGAGCAGUCAGAGAUAACACUAGUGAGCCUGACAGACACCACACUGCAGGACCAAGAGACAACCAUCACGGAUGAUGAGGGAAUUUGGGAAGACAAACAUCCAGAUGGGGUGAGGGAGGAAGGAGGGAAAGGCCAAGAGACAGAGGGGUCAGAAUCCAUAUUGUUACUGGAUGAGACUCCAGAGGACAAGAACCAAACACAUCCAGUGAUGCUCAUGGAGUUUCAGUGGGGUCCUAGCAGAGACCUGCAGGAGGUCUACCAGCAGAAGCGCAGAGCUCUGCUCCAGAGAUCAUCCCGCAGGGUGGAAGAAAUCAAGGCCAAAGGGGCUCUUGCCAAGAUUCAAGCUCCAUCUGAAGCCAGAAAGCAGUCUAAGGACUCUCAACCAGCCACCUGUAAGGCAAAGACUAAGUCAGAACCUCAACAUAAGACUAAUACCAAGUCAAAGGGAGGACAGGCCGAGCACCAAACUACUGAGAAAUCUGGUUUCAUCACGCAGAAGAAGCCCCAGCUUCCCCCUCCAGCGAGUGAUUCCAGGCUGAAAAAGGUGGAUGAGGUGAAGAUCUGCACACCGGAGCAAAGGAAACGGGAUGUUUCCAAGAUGUACCAGAGAACGCAACGACUGUAUGAGCAGCUGGAUGAGGUGAAGCAUCAGAAAGCAAUCAAGAGCAGACAGGAAGCUUAUGCAAAAAACAGACUGAAGGCCAAGGAGUUCCACAAGGUAAAACAAGUUUUUAAAGAAUAUAUACACUUAUUAGAGAACUGCGGGCACCAAACAAUGUUGUUGUAGUUGCAUGAAUUCUGAGUUGGAGUUGAUUGAAAAAUAUUUUUCUCUUCACAGAAAACCUUACAGAAACUUCGUGCCAAGCAGCCUCUGCAGUGAUUGGCUUUGAAUGUGUCCAAGUUCUACUUGUGUAGAUUUAAAUUAUUUUUGUAAAGUUUUAUUAAUAAAGCAUUUUAAGUUA